CCCUGCGUCGGGUCUCACUACCUGAAAUGGUGGACAAGGAAAACUAUGAGAUAAACUCAUACGGGAACAAAAUAGACGUCUCCUCUAUAGAUCAUGGCCAACGUUUAACACCCACUGGCAGGCUUGAGACUUGGUUCUUGAGCAAGAAAGGAGGGAAAUUUCAAGAGGCCUUCACCGGGUUUUUCAAGGGGAGAAAGUCGGUGGCUUGGGGGCUUUUCGGGAGGAAGGAUCGGGAAGAAGACAGAGCAGACCCGCGAUCAGUUCUGAAUGAAUUUAUGCAUUGUGUGUCAUGUCAAUCUGCAAAGCAACCAGCUUUAUCUUUUUCAAGUAGUCAUUCUCAUUCUACUGCUCCUUUUGAUAUUGUGCAUUUUGAUGUUUGGGGUCCAUCUCCUAUACCCACCAUGAGGGGUUCCAGACACAUUCUUGAUUCUGUUCGUGCUUUGCUCAUUUCAUCUUCUUGUCCAGAGCGAUUUUGGGGUGAAGUUACUCUUACAGCUAUUUAUCUUAUUAAUCACAUUCCAUCAUCGGUCCUCAAUAACCAGUCUCCAUACGAGCGUCUACAUGGUACAUCUAAAGAGCUCUACAACGCCUCACCACAUGCUUCAACUAGUUAUGUAGAAGAUGAUCUGCUUGCUGGUAAUGCAUUAGAUAAUUUUGAGCCUUCUUCUACUUCCUCGUCUAUAUCACCUGUUGAUUCUACAAAUGAGCUUGUUGUCCCAUCCUCGAGUCAUCUUACUCGGAUGGAUGUGAAAAAUGCUUUUCUUAAUGGUGACCUAGAAGAAGAAGUUUAUAUGAAACCAUCUCCUGGGCUCAACCAUCCUCCGAACAAGGUAUGUCGAUUGCGUCGUGCAUUAUAUGGAUUGAAGCAAUCCCCUCGAACCUGGUAUGCAAAGUUUAGUGCAACUAUAAUGACCUCUUCACAUGAUGGCUACAUGCUUUCUCAAGUAAAGUAUGCCUCCGAUCUUGUUUCUAAAGUUGAACUCAAUGAUGGUAAAAGUGUUUCUACACCUCUUAAACCUAAUGUCAAGCUUACACCUAUGGAUGGCUUUCCACUUUCUGAUCCUACUCGCUAUCGGCAAUUGGUUGGUAGUCUGGUUUAUCUUACUACGAUACGCCCUGAUAUAGCAUAUGCAGUUCAUAUUGUUAGUCAGUUUAUGACUGCUCCUCGCUCCACUCAUUAUGUAGCAGUACUUCGCAUUAUUCGCUAUGUUAAGGGAACAUUAUUUCAUGGACUCCAUUUUCUACCAACUCCUCCCCUGUGCUUCGCGCUUACUCUGAUGCUGAUUGGGCUGGUGAUCCUUUUGAUCGUAGAUCUACCACUGGUUACUGUUUUUUCCUUGGUAAUUCUCUUAUCUCUUGGAGGAGUAAGAAACAAACUAUUCCAUCUCGCUCUAGUACUGAAGCUGAGUAUAGAGCUCUCGGGGAUACCACAUCAGAACUUCUUUCAUUGCGGUGGCUUCUUGAAGAUAUGGGCAUUCCUCAACCUUCUUCUACUGAUUUAUAUUGUGAUAAUCAAAGUGCUAUGCAGAUUGCUCAUAGUGAUGUCUUUCAUGAAUGCACUAAACACAUUGAGACCUCUUUACCAAGGCUCAUUUUCCUGGACGCACUACUAGAAAAACGACGUAUACGGACCGAAUAUAUACGGACCGAAUUG